AAGAUGGCGGCGGCCGCGGGCUGGGCGCUGCUGGCCCUGGCGCUGUGUGUGAGCGCGACGGCCGCGACCGGCGGCUCCGAGGGGAAGCGGCGGGAGGGGCCGCCCAAGAAGAAGGACAUUCGGGACUACAACGACGCGGACAUGGCCCGGCUGCUGGAGCAGUGGGAGAAAGAUGAUGACAUUGAAGAGGGAGAUCUCCCUGAACACAAGAGGCCUCCAGCACCAAUAGAUUUUUCAAAAAUAGAUCCAGGCAAACCUGAAAGCAUCCUGAAGCUGACAAAGAAGGGGAAGACUUUGAUGAUGUUUGUCACAGUGUCGGGAGAUCCCACAGAAAAGGAGACAGAAGAAAUCACCAGCCUGUGGCAGGGCAGCCUCUUCAACGCAAACUACGACGUGCAGAGGUUUAUUGUUGGCUCCAAUCGGGCCAUUUUCAUGCUGCGGGAUGGUGGCUACGCCUGGGAGAUCAAAGACUUCCUGAUAAAUCAGGAAAGGUGUGCAGAUGUUACUCUGGAAGGUCAGGUUUAUCCUGGCAAAGGAGCAGAUGGAAGUGAGAAAGUGAAAAACAAAACAAAACCUGAAAAAGCAAAGAAGAAAAAAGACGCAGAGAAGAAAUCUAACGGCGUCAAAGAGGACAACCGAGCAACCAAGCAGAGAGAGGAGCUAUGACAGCCACGGUGCCCAGACUGAGUCCUGCUCUGCUGCUCCUUGAAGGGAAUCUGCUGAGGAGUCCUGGCCUUUGG